CGGCGGGUCAUGAUUAGUCAAGGCCCUCUGAAGCCAUAUCGUGGUGGAAAUGCGGUAGAGGGUAGCUUUCGUCUCCAAGUCCCCCGUUCUAAACUUCAAACUGCCGUGGAUAGCAUUGGAUCUCUGUUGAUUAGUCUCCUGGAUACAAGGGGAACUUCAACUUUUGGGACCCUUCACUUUCUGGAGUUCUGUCCCAAGAGGAUGUCACAAAGUGCGUGUUUGCGGGAUUGCGUAGCGCUCUAUUGCCACGCUUGGAUCCAGUGCCAUCACUACCGUCAACCCGUUUCGAAGGUGCUCGAAGGCAAAACUUACGGCGACGCAAUCCGGAGCUUGCGAAAAACAAUGAACGGUGAUAAACUGUACACACCUGAGACGCUCGGCGCAAUGGUACUACUGGAACGAUUCAUGUAUCCUUGCAGGCUCUCUAAGCCGAAAGAAUUAGUACGUCACCAACUUGGAAUCCGGCAUGUUAUGAAGCAAAUUGGCCCUCCAAAUCCAGAUGACGACCUGCACAGCUGGCUGGUUCGGGGAUCAGUCAACACGAUGUAUUAUGUUGCCAAGUAUGACUCUAGUGAAGAUUCCACAGAACUCGAAGGCGAUACGCCCACCAACGAGGCAACUGGAACAUCCCCUUAUUGGGGGGACGGUAGCCACUGGGAAAUAAAAGAAGAAGAAGAUGAUCGUGAUUAUGAUGAUGAGUUGGCGACAUAUGACGACGAAGACGAUGACGACGGGGCCAUUGACGAUGUCAAACAACAAGAUGCUCUCAUUAACAGGGGGAGAGGUCUUGUCUUGCAUAUCGCGAUCCGUCACACCAAGAACUGGCUACCCAAGAUAAGCGAACUACGACAGAAUCCUUCUAAUGCUGAGUGGCAGAAGGCCGCCCUCACCCAAACGAUAGAGAAGCUAGAAAUGGCUCUCGGUAAUGUAUUGAAUAAAGUCUGGAACUCGUGUUUGGCUUCAGGGUCUAUCAUUGAGAGUCUGGAUCCCAGCUUCUUCCUUGGCCGCAGGGUCGACUUUGUAUCCUCAAAGCUAGCAGAGGAUCUAUUGAGUAUGCUUCUCUACCAUGCCAUGACCGUACGUAUGCUUGGUGUCUUAGGAGACAUCCAUGGGAAUGCGGACGAGUCACUCUUGAGCAAGUACAAAUGCAUAUGCCACCGCUGCUGGUUGUGCUUUCCAUAUUUAUGUACCGUCGACGCCGUUUUCCAAGCUAGCAUGUUCAAUAAGCUCUUGGUUACACUCGAGCCUGCGACUUUGGAAGAGCUUGGUCAUUUCCUCGCCCUAGAUAUGGAUUGGGUGUCAUGUGGCGUGAAAGAUCCGAAGGACGUCAAAUCGUUCUUCUUUUGGGUUCACGGUAUGGUGACCUUCUUCACGGGCCAAUCAAAUUGUCCAACGGGGUAUUGA